AUGCUUUUACAGAUUAUCUGGCUGACACAUGGAAUAAAACUGAAGCUCUUAUCUAGCCUUUGGACUGAUCUCAUAAUAUCUCCAGAAAUUGUGGUGGUUCUUACUCGUGUCUCAACUUCAGGAAAGAAACGGACAUCUGACUUGUAACAAACCAGUAGGUUCUUCCCCUCCUACUUUCUUUUUUGCGGUGUCUCUCUUUAAAAAAACGUAUGCUUGACAGAUAUCUUGUCAGUCGAUACCUCGAGGUCUCUGCUAUCCUGGCACAACAGCAGCUUCUUCGAUGCCACGUGCUGUUGACAAACAUGGCGUGCCUCUUCACUCCAUCUCCACCUGCUCCAUAGUUCAACACAAAUGUUCUUUCUGCCUUUCUACUUGUGCAUAAAGCUGUUUACACACUAUUCUUAAGAAAUCUGCUUCUGUUAGGGACAUGAUGCCACCCUCUACUCCUAAAUCUCCUUUACUAGAAGAAGCUCAUGAAGAUGGAAGGUUUAAAUGCUAUAGGGGUGUCAGAAAGAGGUCAUGGGGCAAGUGGGUGUCUGAGAUCAGAGUUCCAAGGACUGCAAGACGGAUAUGGCUAGGUUCAUAUGAUGAUCCAGAGAAGGCGGCUCGUGCCUAUGAUGCAGCUUUGUUCUGCAUUAGGGGUGAGAAGGGAGUUUUCAAUUUCCCCACUAGUGAAAAGCCUCAGCUUCCUGAAGGUUCUGUCAGGCCUCUGUCCAAGCUUGACAUACAGACAAUAGCAACAAACUAUGCUUCAUCAGUUGUAUCUGUGCCUUCCACUACCAUACCAAUCCCGGCAACAGAUCAGGUUUCUGCAUCCCCGGAUGUAGCUGUUUCUACUGAGAUUAUGGAGAUGGCUGAUGAACAUUAUCUCCCAGUGGAUGCAAGUGUAGAAUCAAUAUUCUCAGUAGAAGACUUGCAGCUGGACAAUUUCCUCAUGAUGGACAUUGACUGGAUAGACGAUCUAGUCUGAUGGUUAGUCACUUUUAGCUUUAAUAUGGUUUAACUAUUAGCUAUCUCUGUCCCUCUAGCUACUUAUUUGUGAGUAUAUACUUGCAUCCUUGUCUUUAAACUUGUUUUGUUUUAGCAUGCAGAUGCAGUUUGUUUUUCAUUUGCCUGUCUGUACUUCUUUUUUUCUCUAUGUCUUCCAAGAUGUUAGCAUGAAUGAAAUGAUUAGGAGUUGGCGUCCACGCUUAA